AUGGAGACUUUUGGACAGUACCGGCGUGUUAGUGCAUUUGAAGUUCCGGAUUUGGCGGUGACUCGAUCUCACAAGUACAACGACAAGGACCACGCUGGCCUAGCUGACGGCUCUGUAUCCCCUCACGACAACGUGCCUAAGUUCUUCGCCAAGCACGGUUUCGAUGGUGUCGACCCAAAGAAGACCAAGAAGAAUGGUGGAGGCAAGGCCAAUUGGGGUCCCGCGGGUGCAGAAGUCGUCGAUGAGAACUUCAACUUCGUCAAUGCCCGACGUCGCUCCAACAGCAGCGGUUACUCCAACCACCUGAUGGACUUCAAGACCAAGUUCGAGUUCAACGAACCCGAGCCUGUCUUCGAAGAGAGUCUCCACGGUCCGGAGCCUGAAGAUGAAAACGCCCUUACCAAGACCGAGACUUCCUCUAGCGCGGGAAGCUCGUCGGACGAGAAGGACCAGAAGUAA